AUGACAAGCCCUCAAUACCUCGACUCGCCCCAACUAACUGAUGCCAAAACUGGAACAGUACCAUCGGAUCUUAAGCCAGGGUCGCCCGGUGUUACUUUUACUACGCCGGAUGCCAAAGUAGUAAUACCACUGGCACCAGGCAUAGCACCUAUCGUGACUGAAGUUUCGGUACCGAACCCGUUGACAAAUGUCGUUGAAAUCACGGUCACAUUCACACCAGCGACUUCAGACACACCAGUUCGCCUAACAUCACCGACAGGAACGAACACAGUUGAUAACUUUCCGAUUACACCAUUAAAAGAAGGCAGUACAAUAACUAUCACGUUCGUAACAACUAAUAACCAACCACCGGAAAACGUAACGCUAUCCGUGAUCGCAUGUUUUGUACCAAGCACCGCCACAACAAUUGUCAGUAGUAGUACUGCUCCUAUUACUGUCAGUGGACCUACACCAACAUUGACCAUCAGUUCAACAAGUACUGGAACUGGAAUGACAGAAGGUAUAGUAUAUAAAGCAGUAGAUAUACGCCAUUGGUUGAAGACACUUUUGAUUAACACUGUUACCGGCUUCCGAUUGAAUAAGUGAAGAAGUUUCUUUCUGCUUCGAUAUAGAUACAAGUCUGUGAGAGUUUCAUGUGGGAAUUACAUUUUGUGGUCGAAACUUUUACUAGUGAAUAUGCAAUCUGAUGGGGAACAUGACAGUUAGUCUUUCCUCUUUUUCACGAUUUUUGGGCAUAUAGAAAAAGACAGGGUAUUCGGAAUGAGAAAAAGUGGCGAGGUCGUAAUAAUUAGGGAACUCUUUUCGUCAAUAUGUUCCGGUUUGUUCAACUGUCAGAGGAUCCGAAGUAAUACCCUAGUCUCGUAAUCUAAAAUCAUGUGAAAGGGACGUUCCGAUCAAUCCAAGGAAUCAAGAUUUUGCUUUUAUUUACUAUUAUUAAUCUAGUGUUAGUUAUUAUUCUCCUUAUUCCUUCAACACACUGUAUUACGAAUACCAGUUUUAUUGAAAGAAAAGUAUUAAAUACUGAUUCGUCACUGUACUGUUG